AUGAAGCUUACUGUAAUAUUAAUUAUCAUUGCUUCUCAUUUGGUAGCAGCAACCUUGAAGCUCGACUUUGCAAUCCACAGAGGAAACUCCAAAGAUGAUAUGGCUUUAGAAAAUGAACCUCAAUUUGUAAAGAGAUCCGAGGAUGACAAGUUUACAAUGGAGUUAACAAACAAAGCGACAUUCUACGUUGCUGAAUUGAAAAUUGGAUCCAAUAAAGAUCAAGUUGGAGUCUUGGUCGAUACAGGAUCGUCAGACUUGGUGGUUUUAAGUGAAGACUUGAAAUGCUACCGUAGAAGCUACAAGAAGCGCGAAGAAGAGAAACUUGUUUCUGAUUCAUUCUACGAGUACGAAACUGUUUCGGCUUAUUUGAGUGACUUUGGAGGAUACGACACACUUUACGAUUCCGAGACAACCACUUACGACUCCGAGACCACUUACGAUUUGCCCACUACAGACACUUGUACUUCGUAUGGAAGUUUCUCCACCGAGGAUUCCGAUAGUUUUUCAGUAAAUGGAUCUGCUCCGGAUUUCUUCAUUUCCUAUGCUGACGGUACAGGCGCUUCCGGAGUUUGGGGAACAGAUGAAGUGGAAAUUGGAAACGCAACUGUGAACUCCCUUAGUUUUGCGGUAGCCAACAAGUCGACCACCAACGUAGGAAUUCUUGGGAUAGGACUUGCUGGGCUAGAAACUACGAAAAACAUUUCAACUGGUGAAGGGUAUGAAUAUUCAAACCUUCCUUUGAUGCUUAAGUCGCAAGGAAUUAUUGACAAAGCCCUUUAUUCGUUGUACUUGGGAAACAUUUCUGAUAGGCAUGGUCUGGUGUUAUUUGGUGCCAUAGACAAUGCUAAAUAUACUGGAAAUCUCAAGACGGUGAAGAUGGUCAACUCGUACAGAAAUGUGUCCAAUGUUCCAUUAAGAAUUGAAGUGGAGAAUCUGGCAAUCAAAGUCGAUGAUGGUGAAUCCAUUUCCGAUGUUUCUUAUGAGUCUAUCCCAGUAUUGUUGGAUACGGGUGCCACGUAUUCCCAUCUUUAUCACUCAAUACUCACGGAUAUUGUCUCUAAAUUGGGGGGAUCUUAUUCAUUAUAUUCGGAUUUAUACACGGUUCCCUGUUCGUCUGAAGGUUCAAUAACUUUUGAAUUUAGUGGUCAAGAAAUUGCAGUUCGUAUGCAAGAUUUAAUCAAACAAUCUGAAGAUGGUACCUGCAUUUUGACGUUGCUUCCCCAACCCACGUCGAAUCCUUAUAUGUCACUUGGAGAUAAUUUUUUGCGACAUGCUUAUGUGGUUUGUGACCUCGAGAACUACGAAGUUUCUUUGGCACCAAUCAAGUAUAGUUCGGACGAAGAUAUCGAAGUUAUAACAUCUUCGGUUCCUACCAAGUCUCCAAUUCAAGCCUCGAAAUCUAAUUCCCAUGCUAGUAGUGCUCAUGGUAAAAGCAAAUCAGCAGCAGGUGUUUCUUCGUAUGGGCUACCGUCACUUUCUCAAGUGGUAUUAGGAUUAGUUGUUAUGUUCCUUUAG